GAUGGAUCCUUUGAUGCCCAUUUCGCUGCUGAGGAAACUGAAUCCCAAAGAUAUCAAAUGACUCGCUGAAGGGACCAACAUAGGAGAAGAGCUGUGAACAGAGAUCUGAGUUAGCCAGACUCCCUGCUCUGUACCAGAAAGCCCACUAGUGGGCAGUGUUUGAACCUGCUCCACGGAUCAAAUAACAUUUGGGCUGAUUAACAAAAGACAUGCGAGUGGGAAGGUGUCAGAAGCCAGAGUGUGGAAAUUUACCCAAGGUUGCUACUCUGGGGAAGCUCAGUCUGAAAGAUGCUGCAAGUAGGGGAGUCUUGGAUCUAAAUGGAAAUGGAAUGGGGAACCAAGCAGAGAGCAGUGAGUAUGAAGAGGUGAGAGAAGGUGCUGCCCAAGCUGCUCUCAUCCAAAGCUGUUGAAAGGAAGCUGAAUAUCCCAGGAUCUGCCCAGCAUUUAGUUCAUGAGUGCCAGUGUGAGCUACAGCUUAGCUUUCUCCAGCAUUCUCCACCGAUGCUAUCCUGCCUGCUUUGAGUUUAGACACUUGCAUGGAAGCCCCAAGAGUUUUUUGUGCCAGUCAAUGCCUUGAAUUUUGGGGGCAUGGGAAGAAGCCGCUGAGUAGCUGAAAGCUGAAUUACCACUAAGCUUUUGAAAACCUAAAGUCCUAAGGCAUCACCAAAACAGUCCCUGAAUUGCAGAGCAGAGGACCCUCUCCACUGGAACUCUUAUUUUGUAUUUAACAAAAGAUUUAAAAGGAGACUCCUUCUGAAUCUCUUACUUCAAGGACAGGAAAGAGACCCCAGCUAAAUGAUGGUAGUCCCACAGCACUGAGCUGAUGAUGGCUGAGAAGGGUGACUGCAUUGCCAACAUGUAUGGCUAUGACCUUGGCGGGCGCUUCAUUGACUUCCGACCCCUGGGAUUUGGUGUCAAUGGCCUAGUGCUUUCGGCCACAGACAGCCAGGCUUGUCGGAAGGUGGCAGUGAAGAAGAUUGCCAUGAGUGAUGCCCAGAGCAUGAAGCAUGCUCUACGGGAAAUUAAGAUCAUCCGCCGCCUGGACCAUGACAACAUUGUAAAGGUGUAUGAGGUCCUCGGACCCAAGGGUGCUGACCUUCAGGGGGAGCUUUUUAAGUUCAACAUGGCCUACAUUGUCCAGGAGUACAUGGAGACAGACUUAGCUCGCUUACUGGAGCAGGGCACACUGGCCGAGGAACAUGCCAAGCUGUUCAUGUACCAGUUGCUUCGUGGGCUCAAGUACAUCCACUCUGCCAAUGUGUUACACAGGGACCUGAAACCAGCCAACAUCUUCAUCAGCACAGAAGAUCUCGUGCUGAAGAUUGGUGACUUCGGCUUGGCGAGGAUUGUGGAUCAGCAUUAUUCUCACAAGGGUUAUCUUUCAGAAGGGCUGGUCACAAAAUGGUAUCGAUCUCCACGCUUGCUUCUCUCUCCCAACAACUAUACCAAGGCCAUAGACAUGUGGGCAGCUGGCUGCAUCUUGGCUGAAAUGCUCACAGGGAAGAUGCUGUUUGCUGGGAGUCAUGAAUUGGAACAGAUGCAGCUCAUCCUGGAGACAAUUCCUGUAAUCCGGGAGGAAGACAAAGAUGAGCUGCUCAGAGUGAUGCCCUCCUUCAUCAACAGCACCUGGGAAGUGAAAAAGCCACUGAGAAAGCUGCUCCCAGAAGUCAACAGUGAAGCUGUUGACUUUCUGGAGAAGAUCCUGACCUUCAACCCCAUGGACCGAUUAACAGCAGAGAUGGGCCUGCAGCACCCCUACAUGAGCCCAUACUCAUGCCCAGAGGAUGAGCCUACUUCCCAGCAGCCCUUCCGAAUUGAGGAUGAGAUUGAUGACAUCUUGUUGAUGGCAGCCAACCAGAGCCAGCUCUCCACCUGGGACAGGUAUCAAGUCAGUCUGUCCUCUGAUCUGGAAUGGAGGCAGGACAGAUACCUUGAAACAAGUGAGGUGCAGCGUGAUCCCCGUGCAGGCUCCGAGUCAAUAGUAGAAGAGGUCCAGGUGGACCCACGAAAAUACUCCCAGAGUAGCUCGGAACGAUUCCUGGAGCAGUCUCACUCGUCCAUGGACCGGGUGUUUGACUCUGACUGCGGGCGGUCCUGUGACUACAAGGUGGGAUCACCAUCCUACCUGGAUAAGUUACUGUGGAGGGACAACAAGCCCCAUCACUACUCUGAGCCGAAGCUCAUCUUAGACCUGUCCCAUUGGAAGAAGACAGCCAUCGCUCCAGCCACUGAGCUCUCCCUAGAGGAGGAGCCAUCCAACCUCUUCCUAGAGAUUGCACAAUGGGUAAAGAGCACUCAGAGUGGCCUUGAGUGCCCCAGCCCACUCCCGGAGAUCCAGGAACGGAGCCUGCCCUCCUCACCCCAGCACCGCAAGGACCCCAAGGAGGGGAACCAUGGGGCUGACCCCCAAUUCGACUUGGAUGUCUUCAUUUCCAGGGCCCUGAAACUCUGCACCAAGCCUGAGGACCUGCCAGAUAACAAACUCAGCGAGAUCAAUGGGGCAUGUAUCUCAGAGCACCCCAGUGACAUCGUACAGACUGAACCCUAUCCGAAGGAGAGGUGGUGAAGCUGAAGGGUUUGCUAUUCAUGAACUUCACCCUUCUCCUCAGCUUGCUGGGCCACAGCCCUGUGGCAUUGCAGACCCAGGCCAAAGGGAAACAAUGGGUCACCCUUGUUCUUGGCAUGUCAGUCCUUUGCAACAGAGGGUGGAUAACCUACCCCAUACUUUUUAAUCAAAGACAAACAGCCCCCAGCCUCCUUUCUGAUGCCUUAGGGUUCACAGGACCCUUAAGGGAAUCAGGAAACACAAGUGAAAUAUUGAAUCUAUUAAACUGCCUUAAUGAUUGCGCCUUUUAACCUCUGGAAUCUGUUUUGAAUAUAAGUCUAGGGUAAUAAGCCUUUUGUACAGAACACUGGGCUAAUAAGUUUAUGAACACAUUCUUGGGGGUGAGGGCUUUGGGAGAAGGAAGAUGGGAGGGGGAAAAGAGAAGCCAUGGGAAGAAGGAAGCCUCCCAAAGAGAAGCAGACCCUGCCUGGUUCCUAAGGGAUGCAGUCCACAAACUCAAAGAAUAUCAGAGCCCAAAGGGACAUUUGAAAUUAUCUAGACCAAUCCCUUCCUUUGACAGAUGGGGAAACUGAGGUCCACAGAGGGAAGAUGACUUUCCAAGGGACUCAGGGUUAGUGGCAGAGCAGUGGCAGA